UUUUAUUUUCUUCAAAUUAUUGACUAGAGGUUAGGCCCUUCUUUUUACAGGUUGACACUUGUCUAGUAUAUAUAUCAUUAUCAAAGAUGCCAUUGAAUCAUGUUGAUAUUUUCUUAAUUCAAACCAUAUCAUGUAUAUUCUAGUAGCCAUAUAAUUUGGAUGCCAGGUAGAAGCAGAUCUACUACAAAAUGUACUACUAGAUUCUAUGGUUUGGCACAUAUUAAACAAUUACAGGAAUAUUAAUCUAGCUAAUUAGCUUCAACAUUCAUGGGGGUGUCAUUGUCAUAUAAAACCAAUAAUAUAUACAUAUUUUGUAAUUAAAAAAUUUGAUAUUGGAUAUUGUUUAUUGACCUUUUUAUUCUAGUCCAUACACUGACAGGUGUGCCUGCUUUGCCAAUUGCCACCUUUGAUGAUUCACAGAAAUGUAACCAAGUAACUCAUAAUAACUAUAUCUAAUUACAAAAUAGUAACUUAAUUAUAUGAUUUUUGCUAUAAAUAGACACCUUAGCUCAUACCAUAUUUCUUGCUCAUCUAUCUCUAGUCUUUUUUCUUCUUCUUCUUCUUGUUUCUUUAUUUAUCUCUCUAGUCCUCAUAAUGGACACAAAACUGAAAAUGCUUGUCAUGUUAUGUUUGUUAUUAUUCACCUUAGUUUCCCUUGUAUCAUCUUUCCAUAAUGGUUGUCCAAAAUGUGGUAACUUUGAAGUUCCAUACCCUUUUAGCACUAAUGAUAACUGUGGUAAUCUUAGAUACAAAAUCUAUUGUAACAAUGGGAACCUUGAAUUCCCAUCACUCCAAGGAUUUCACUACAAAAUCCUUAGCAUUGACACAAACACUAACUCACUCAUCAUUAGACCACCUAUGAUACUUAAAGACACAUGUUCCUCUUCUGAUUUAUCUCAAGGAGGAAUAAGGCUUGAUGAGACAUUACCUUUCAACAUAUCAAAACACAACACUGUGUUGUUGCUGAAUUGCGCCGAAUCCAUUCUUCGAUCCCCGCUUAAUUGUUCUAACAACAGUCUUUGCAGGCAGUUUGAGGAUGAAAUGGAGGAAGGAAGUGGUUGUAAAAGUAGGCUUUGUUGUCAUUACUUGAAAGAUUCAAGUAUGAAUUCACAUUUCAUUAGGGUCAGGUCUGGUGGAUGUACUGCUUAUACUUCUGUGGUUAAUAUCAACCCUCAAGACCCUAUUUAUCAAUGGAAUUAUGGUAUUGAAUUGCAAUGGUUGCCUCCUAAUCCUAACUGUGUUUUGGAGAACAACCCAUAAUGUAUGACAAAUGUUCUACUUGAUAAGAAAAAGAAAGUUUUUAUUUUUAUUUUUA